GGCCAUGAAGCGCUCAUGUUUGGCGUGUAUUGUUACAACCAGGGAGAUGGUUCAUCAUUCAACCAUUCUUCCGCCGGUGAAGGCCAGGGUUUAUAACAGCAACCCCCAUGCUCGCUUCUCUAAUAAGAUUUCCCCAGUUCUCUGGCCGCCUUCGGUCGUUCUGUCCCCAGUUUGCAGUAUCGCAUCAGAUUACUCUGGCACAGUCCAUCAGCACCGCAACGAUACAAAAACAGUACUCGCCAAGCAACCGUAGUUUCGGAGUCUCCGACCUUUAUUUGCACUAUGCUGUCCACGUUGAUGCUCCUCGGUCAUACGCUUUACUGAGCGCCCCACAGAACCAAACUCCCAUUUCUCGUGUACCGGUAUCUUGUCUCCGAGAGCACGCAGGUAGAGCGGGCGUCAACGAACUACUGUCUUCGUUUCCAAGCUCCUCCGAACUCAUGAGUCAGACGAUAUGUCGCUUAAGACGACAAGGCGUCAGUCGCGUCUUGGACAUCGCCUCGAGGCGGCAGGAUCUUAACAUAUACGAGAGACUUCUGUUGGACUCGCUUCGAGAUGACAGGAGGGGAAGGAUGGAAUUGGAGCUAAGCCUCGUUUCCGCCGUCGUGGAUAAAUUUCGUACGGAAGACUGGGGAAAGUGUAGACGAAUCGUCUCCUGUUUGAGCUUGACGAGACGAUUCCGGUGAUAGGCGUGAUCACUAACCCCAAACACAGCAGGGGAUGUGUGUUCUUCUUUCGCUUAGAAAGAAAACGCGAGGAGUUCCGUCCGUUCCCACUCCAAACACUGUCUUCUGAAAAUCUCAUCAAUGGCAAUGGAUUGUGCCGGUGGAACUCGCACAGCGUAUUGAACGCUCUGCAAAACAUACGGGACGCGUGUUCUGCUCUUCACGAGUAUUACCUCGUUCGACAGAAGAUGUAAACGCCAGUAAACUUCUCAUUUC